AUGAGUCUCACCUUCAAUGCUAUCUGUAGCCUGUUGCAAGACAUUGAGAAGAUCUCCACAAAUGAACCGCGACUGCCUUCAAGGCAGGAACAAGAGGCCAUCCAACAGGUUGUUUUGGACUGGUUCCAAAACCAAAGAGCUGCCCUUGACGAUGCAGAUACGGAUGGCGGAGCUGUGCUGUCCAUCUUACUUCCGCACCAAAGGAAGGACCGCGUGUACGGUUUGCAAGCGCCCUUGCUUGCAAAGAAACUCUCACGUCUGCUCGCCUUUAGUCAUGGGCAGCGCACACUAUUUGAAAGCUGGAAGACGGGCAACUAUGGCGAUCUGGGUGCAUACGUCGAACGCGCCAUGAAGCCUUGGAAUGGUACCUUCUCCAUCAAACCAGACAUCACAGUCAAAAGAGUCAACUGCCUGUUGGUACAACUGGCUGCCAACUGUAGAUUCUCUGACGAAAGAACCAGAAGAGUUCGCGAUCCAGGGUUCGACAUCAACAAUGAACUCAAAAGUAUCAUCACAAGGCUUGAGUCUUGGGAAGCAAAAUGGCUAGUCCGCCUUCUACUUCGAGAUUACUGCACUAUCGAAUUGGAUGAAAGAGUUGUAACGCGGCACUAUCACUUUCUGUUACCGGAGCUAUUGGCGUUUCAGAACGACUACGAGGCAGCCUUUGAUGUACUCAAAGGUGACCUUGGUUCUUAUCCGGCCGUACCUGAGUCGUGGGAAGAGGAGCCCAUGCGUGUUGAGGCAGCGAAAAGACUCAAGGCUAGGGUCGGCGUCAAGAUUGGGCGACCGACCUUCCUAAAAGCGUGGUCGUUCAGCAACUGUUUUAAGCUUGUUGACGAUGGCGUCUGGGCAGCCGAAGUCAAAUACGACGGCGAAUACUGCGAGAUCCACAUUGAUUUGGAAAAUGAAGAUAGUAGCCUGCGAAUCUUCUCCAAGAACGGCAAAGAUGCAACUGCAGAUCGCACUGCUCUACACAGCACAAUUCGCAACGCUCUUCGUAUAGGCCAGCCAGACGCCAUGUUCAAAAAGAACUGCAUCGUCACUGGCGAAAUGGUGGUAUACAGCGACAAGGAGAAGAGAAUACUACCAUUCUCGAAGAUUCGCAAGUAUGUCACGCGCUCAGGAUCCUUCAGAGUCACGUUGAACAGCUCUGCAGUGCAUCAACAGGAAUAUCUCAUGAUUGUCUUCUUUGAUGUUUUGACCGUAGAUGACGAGCCCAUUUUGUGUCACUGCCUCGAGGACCGCCGCAAAAUUCUUCAUAAACUUAUCCAUGGCAUACCAGGACGGUCUAUGCUCUCAGAGUGGACCUUGUUGGAUUUUAAGACAGGGAAUGGUAUAACGGACCUUAAACAGACAUUCGCCCGCACCCUAGCCAAUCGCCAAGAAGGAUUGGUACUGAAACCGUUGCAAGCGCCCUAUCUGCCCGUGCUAUCUGAGCAAGGCCGCUGUCAAACAGGUUUCUUCAUCAAGCUCAAGAAGGAUUACUUAGGCGACAUGGGCGGUGAGCGAGACAUGGGCGACUUCGCUGUCAUUGGAGCCAGUUUUGACGCGCAGGCUGCAACAAAGACGAAUCUAAAGCCUCUACACUGGUCACACUUUUACCUGGGAUGCUGCGUCAACAGGGAUGCGGUCCUACUGACAGGGGCCAAGGCACGGUUCACAGUCGUCGCUAGUUUGAGCGUUGAAAAGUGUAUCCCGAGGUCUGACGCACAGUAUCUAAAUAUCCAGGGCUAUAUUCGUCAGACCACUUUGCAUGAGCGUCGUGGUGGCGCCACCGCUGAAUUUGACAUAAUUAAUUUCAGGGACUACUACUACCACGGCCGACGUAUGACUGUCGCCUUUAGGAACCCCUUGUUGCCUCAUGCGUCAUUUGAGAUGCUACGUCAUCCGCGGGUUACGAAGGUUCACCAUGAUAGGACGUGGGAGGAUGCUGUCACUAUGCAAGACCUGGAGCGCAUGGCAAAGGAGAAAUUUUCGGUGCCGGAUGCGGAUAAGCUUGAUGGGCAUGCGAGAGAUGUUGCAUUGUUGGUUGAGAAGUAUACCAGGGAGAUGAAUGGGUCUCAUAACGCUGCUGCGACGGAGCGUAUAACGGGAAAGACGACGCAGCGGACGAGUUCUUGUCUUUUGCAGGGUACGCCGCAGAGUCCGCUCACAGAGGCCGAAUCUCCCGUGACGUCUGGCCAAGGAAGUACUAUUGAGAAGGUGACUGCCUUGGCCCCACCAGAGGCAACUAGCUCAAUUGUUAGUGGUUCUAGCGUUCCGUCUGGUACUGUGACAAACAAGAGAUGGAGCCUCGUCGAACCCAUCAGUCCACCGAGAAUCAAGCGGAGAAAGAGUCGUUGCCCACUGCAGGUUUCGGAUGGGAAUCAACAAGUGGGUAGCCUAGACUUGGACUCGCAUGAGAAAAAUGAUGGUAUAUACAAAGAAGAAGGAGCAGAAAAAGAGAAUAGGCUAUAG